UCAGCUUGCACCAUGCAGCCAUAAACAUGUACAGUAUAUGUCAAUGCAUGCGGCCGCCCAUAAAUAAGCGGCAUGGCCCUUUAAACAGAAUAUCCAAUGACACCACAGCGCGUCCGCCGCCUCGGCUUGUCACCGGUCUGACAGCAGCACGCUGACCGACUGAAGGAGAUUUUAGGGAUGCUGCCAGUGCUGUCAAUGUAGCUACUCGUCGAAGAACAAGAGAGGACAAUGAUACGAACAUGAUCAACGCCGAUGGCUUCUCAAAAUGCGAGGCGACUCUGCAAGAGAGAGGCAGAAGGAGGCCACCCGCAGAGAUGCUCCAUCUGCUGUCAGCUGUUAUUGUUUGGCUGGUGACGGGAACCACCAUCUCCAGCCUCAACAAAUGGAUAUUUGCCGUUUACAACUUCAGGUACCCUCUGCUGCUGUCAGCGCUGCACAUGCUGACAGCCAUAGUGGUGGACUAUGGGCUGAUCAAACUGCGGGUGAUCCGCCACAGAGGGGCUGAGGAGCAGGACCUGACCCACAGUGCAAAAUGUAAGGUGUUCCUGUUGAGUCUGACAUUUUGUGCCAGUAUCGCUUUUGGGAACAUGGGUCUGAACUAUGUCCAGCUGUCGUUUGCACAAAUGAUCUAUACCACCACCCCGCUCUUUACUUUGGCCAUCUCCACAUUAAUCCUGGGCAAACAACAUCACAUCCUCAAAUACACAGCCAUGAUGCCCAUCUGCCUGGGAGCCUCCUUCGGCAUCAUGGGAGAGGUCCAGUUUGAUCAGACCGGCUGCUUCUUUGUGUUUGCAGCAACCAUGUUGAGGGGUGUCAAGUCCAUUCAGCAGAGCAUCUUACUUCAGGAGGAAAAAAUCAGCUCUGUGUUCCUGCUCUACCUGAUGUCCAUUCCUAGCUUUUGCAUCUUGACCGUGGCAGCUCUGGCCUUAGAAAACUGGGCUGUGCUGGAGUCACCAUUUCAUUACGACCGCCACCUGUGGGUCUUUAUCUUGCUCAGCUGUCUGGGCUCAGUCAUGUACAACCUGGCCAGCUGCAGCGUCAUCACACUCACCUCUGCCGUCACUCUGCAUAUCCUCGGCAACCUGAGCGUGGUGGGAAACCUGCUGUUGUCUCAGCUGCUUUUCGGCAGCGAGUUGUCCGCCCUCAGCUGUGCCGGCGCGGUGCUGACAUUGUCUGGCAUGCUCAUCUAUCAGAACUCCGAGUUUAUCGUCAGCUUCCUGGACGCACGCAGGGCCAAAGCUGAAAAGUCCAGACAGGAGGAUUCUAACACUACAAGUGGAGAGGACUUGGACAAAGCUAGUGCACCCGAAGCAACAUAUCAUCAGCAGAGAACGGACGGGAAACAAGAAGACAAGAUGGACUGAACUGAAGGGAUGAAGGAGAGAAUAAAAUGUUAAACCCCGGCUGUAGUUUUCUGCCCUGUGUGUCUGUAAGUGGUCGAGAGCAGCAGAGGGUGUGUGACCUUAUAAGGCCAUCAUCACUGAUGAUAUGGUCUUUUUAUUUUAUUUUUUUACUUCCUCACUGUGCCAGUUUAUUUUUUCGCUGGUAACCCAGAAGUGUCUGCAGAAAGGAAAAGGUUGUGAUGGUUAAAUUCUCUCCUUCAUCUGUAAAUCACUCAGACACAGCCUAUAGCGCUAUAUGCAUGCAUGAGCACACUAAACGGUUUGCUACCUCAUGAGGUAUUCAAACUGUCACUCAUUCUACUCCACUGUGAAAACGUUCUUAUUGACAGAGGGCUCUAAUCAAUGUUUUGGGUGUCUGUCGUGGAUGUUGCAGGCUGCAGAGAGCCUUGUGUGACGUUGAGGCUCAGACAGCAUUGCGCCUCAAAUCUGAACGGGCACAAUUUGUAUUAAAAAUAUAUAUUAAUGGUACUGUUACCUGACAUUCACCUGGCCCUGUCGUGGUAGGGUACUGGUUUUUUUUGGCAGCUUUUGUUGUUGGUAUGUGAAGCAGGAAGCUUGUUAAAUAAGGAUGCUACAACUCUUAUUUAGAGGCAGAAGUUCCAAUGAUGGACAAAGCCAACAUCUUCCCCUCUACUGAAGCACACUUUUAAAAAAGGAGGCCUGAGCUCAGUGUUUUGUCCUCCGUUAUGAACCUCACUGUGGCUUCCCACUUAAGGCCUAGAUUUUGUCCUCAAGGCGGUCUCUGUAGAAUUAGUCCAAUUAGUUCUAUCAACAGUGCGCUCACUGCAGCUUUCCUCGAUAAUUAGGUUCACAAGUUCUCUAAGGAGUGUCACUCAACUUUAGAUGUCUUUUCCCUGUGGAAGAGAUGAGGAAAAAGACGACUGAGAUGUCCUUUUAAGGUUGCUUCUUAAAUCCUAACCAAUGUCAUCUAUAAGUUUUAAUUUGUCCAUUUCUGUGGGGGAUAUUUAAAAAAAACAGUUGGUUACCAGCACAUCUUGAAAAAAAUACCUCUGCUGGACCGUGUAUAUUUUCUCUGAAUAUUUGAAAAGCAUUUUAUUGACAUGAUUUUAUUUUGUGACAAAACAUUUUAUUUAUGUGGAAGAAAAUAUUUAUUUUUGAAUGGUCAUAGCAGUCACUGGCUUAACAGUGCUGUGGAUUUUGGUCCUCAAGUGUCUUGCACAUGCAUACAUGUAAUAUUAGACGGCACUGUUCUCUCCUCUCUUUUUAGAGAAAAGUCACAUAUACUAAACGGAAGACUGCAUGCCGCUGCUACUGAAAGAAUCUUAAAUGACCCAGGAUGUCUGUUACUGUGCACUCCCUUCUACAUGUAUGAUAUGAUAUACCAAAUGUCUUUGAACGUUCUUUUGGUCACACUGUGUCGAAAUACUGGUUCUGUCAUUGACCACACAUGAUAAUUUCUCACUUACAGUUUGAACUUUCACAAGACAACGACAACAAAGCCAUCAAAGAUUUUUUUCACCUGCCCCAUUUUAUGCAUAUUUUGCCAUAAGCAUAACUGCAGGCAGGAUUGUAUGCUAAGAUUUUACUUAAUGUAUCACACACACAUUUAAUAUUUCAAGGGUGCCAUUCAUAAUAUUGCAUUGUCUAGAGCAUCAUAUAUGAACCCAAUAUGCUUUUCAUAAAUCCCAGUUAAAAAUAGUAGAACAAAAGAUAUGACGCAUUUAAAGUUUGAUGUCAGCGAUUCUCAAUUACAUGUUUAAAGAAUAUGUACAGCAGAUCAUUUCACUGGUUUUACAUUAUUGGAUACCUCAGCUGUUGGACUUGUUAUGCCCUUGUGUUUUAUAGAUUAUUAAAUAUUGGACUGAGAUCAAGCAGCUUUUCAACAACCACAAGAAACCUGCAGCAUGUGCUGGAUUGUACUGUGUCAGUAGAUAUCAACAUAUUUUAAAGCAUAAUCAUAUCCUAUGAUCAGAACAGCCUCAGUGGCCAUUUUUUUUAAUUUGGUUUUAUAAUUUAAUUUAACAAUCACAGACUUGUGGAAAUUUGGCAGGUUUGGCUGCGUGUUUUCGUGGAUAUUAUGUUGAGUAGAUUAUUAUAAUUGUGGGGCAAAGAAACUUUUGCACUUCAGAGGUAUGAAGAUGAUGCCUUCAAAGCCUACGGUUCCUGUGUACAUACUGGUUUUAAUUGUUUGCAAAGCUAGUUUGGUGUAAAUAGUUAUUUUAUGAUAAUAAUGUAUUUUAUAGUCAUACAUGGCUGGUUUAAGCUGUACUGGUUUAAGAAUUAAACAUUUGCCUCAUGCCUUAUUUGGA